AUGUCUGACCAACAAGGCUACAACGCAGACAAAUUGUCUCAAGAUUUGGGAAACGCCAACAUUGGCAGCGGGGAUGCUCAGCAACAGCAAACCCCUGGCCAAUACCAGUACAACCCAAAUAAUGCUUCAGCAUUUGUUCCUGGCCAACAACAAGGUUCUUACAACCAAUACCAACAGGGAGGCUACCAAGGUGGUUACCAACCACAACAAGGUGGAUACCAAGGCGGAUACCAACAAGGAGGAUACCAAGGUGGAUACCAAGGAGGAUACCAACAGGGAGGAUACCAACAAGGAGGAUACCAAGGUUACAACAACAACAGAGGUGGAUACCAAGGUGGCAAUGGGGGCAGAGGUGGAUACAACAACACCUAUAAUAACAGUAACUCCAAUAAUAACUACAACCAAUCAUACAAUUCGUACAAUUCUUACCAGCCCCAAGAGCAAGCCCAACAACCAGCCGCAGGUAUGUCCUUAGCUGAUUUCCAAAAGCAGCAGUCUGCCAGUGCUGCCAGCUUGAACGCUCCAAAGAAGAAGUUAGUCUUAAAGAGCUCUAGUGGUAUCAAAUUGGGUGGAAGUAGCACCGUCAAGAUUGGUGGUGCAAAGAAGGAAAGCACUCCUGAACCAAAGGCCGAAGCAGCCAAGGAACCUGUGGCCAAGACUGACGCUGACGCUAAGGCCGAUGCAAAGCCUGAAGCUAAGGAAGAAGUCAAAGAAAAGGCCAAGGAAAGUACACCUACACCAGCAGCAGCAGCAGCAGCUGUAGCAGCAGCUGUAGCAUCCCCAGCCGUCACAACUCCAGCUUCCUCCAAGGCAGGCAGUCCAGCUCCAGAAAAGGAAUCGUCUGCUACUGUCGCUUCUGCUGACGCAUUGAUCAGAGAACAAGAAGAUGAGGUUGACGAAGAAGUUGUCAAGGAUAUGUUUGGAGGUAAAGACCAUGUCUCUAUUAUCUUCAUGGGUCAUGUUGAUGCAGGUAAGUCCACCAUGGGUGGUAACAUCUUAUACUUGACUGGAUCAGUUGACAAGCGUACUGUUGACAAAUACGAAAGAGAAGCCAAGGAUGCUGGUAGACAAGGUUGGUACCUUUCGUGGGUCAUGGAUACCAACAAGGAAGAAAGAUCUGAUGGUAAGACCAUUGAAGUUGGAAAGGCAUAUUUCGAAACUGAUAAGAGAAGAUACACUAUUUUGGAUGCUCCAGGUCACAAGAUGUACGUUUCUGAAAUGAUUGGUGGUGCUUCUCAAGCAGAUGUAGGUAUUUUGGUUAUCUCCGCUAGAAAGGGAGAAUACGAAACUGGGUUUGAAAAGGGUGGACAGACUAGAGAACACGCUUUGUUGGCAAAGACUCAAGGUGUCAAUAAGAUCAUCGUUGUAGUCAACAAGAUGGAUGACCCAACUGUAAACUGGUCUGAAGAUCGUUAUAAAGAUUGUACCACCAAAUUGGGUGCAUUUUUGAAGGGUAUUGGAUAUGCCAAAGAAGAUAUUACCUUUAUGCCAGUCUCUGGUUUUACUGGUGCUGGUAUCAAGGACCGUGUAGGUGAUGCUUGUCCUUGGUACAAGGGUCCAGCCUUGUUGGAAUUCUUGGAUGACAUGAAAACAGUUAACCGUCACAUCAAUGGUCCAUUUAUGUUACCAAUUGCUGGUAAGAUGAAAGAUAUGGGUACUGUUGUCGAAGGUAAAAUUGAAUCUGGACACAUUAAGAAGAAUGGUAGUUUGUUAUUGAUGCCUAACAAGGUACCAAUUGAAGUCCUUACCAUCUAUAAUGAAACCGAACAAGAAUGUGACGCUGCUUACUGUGGUGAACAAGUUAGAUUAAAGAUCAAGGGUGUUGAUGAAGAAGAUUUAUCUCCAGGUUACGUGUUGACCUCCCCAAAGAACCCAGUUAAGCAUAUUUUGAAAUUUGAAGCACAAAUUGCUAUUGUUGAGUUGAAAUCUAUCUUAGCCAACGGUUUCUCUUGUGUUAUGCAUAUCCAUACUGCAAUUGAAGAAGUUAAAAUUGUUCAAUUGAAACAUUACUUACAAAAGGGAACCAACAGAAAAUCCAAGAAGCCUCCUGCAUUUGCCAAAAAGGGUAUGAAGAUUAUUGCUGAAUUGGAAGCUACUGAAGCUUUCUGUGCUGAGACGUACGCUGAUUACCCACAAUUAGGUAGAUUUACCUUGAGAGAUCAAGGUACUACUAUUGCCAUUGGUAAGAUUACCAAGUUGUUGUAG